ACCGCGCAUGCUCGCCCGCGCCGUAUGACGUGAGCUGCCUGGCUUAGCAGGGAAAGAUCAAAGAAGAGGGAGAAAGGAAAAAAAAACCCGACGGAGAAGCGAGCGGGGCUCGCGGGGGUUGCGCAGGAAUCGGCCCAGCGCAGCGGGAAGUUUCUGGGAGGAGAGCAAGAGCGAAGCAACCUCGGCUCGCUCUCCGGCCAUCUGCCCGUCUCUCUCUCUCUCUCUCCGCGAGCAAAGUUGCCUCGUCUUUCCUCCGCCUCCUUCCGAAGCCAGCUGCCGUGCGUGCCGGCGGGUGCGAACGAUUCGGGCACCGCGGACCCGGAGCGCACAUGGGAAGGCGAGCGAGCCCGGUGCACGCGUGACAGAGCGGGAGCGAGAGACGAGACGCUCCCGCCAAGAAUACCCGACAGGUCAUGGCAGGGCAGGGCUGCGACCGGGGCUGCUGUGAGGUAGAAAUCCCAGCGUGGGUGCGGGAAGCAGAAGUGUGAGCCGAGCUCGAGCCGAGGCGGAAAGAAUCCCCCCCUUGGGCGAGAGCAGCGAAGGGAGGGCGCCGCCGGAGCAGCUGCCAGUCGCUUCACCAUGGAUUGCAGCCGCCUCAGGACUCUUAUUAAUAGAUACUGUGCUGGGGAAGAGAACUGGGUGGACAAUCGGACAAUUUAUGUUGGGCAUCGUGAACCCCCUCCAGGUGCUGAAGCAUACAUUCCGCAGAGGUAUCCAGACAACAGAAUAGUCUCAUCAAAGUAUACCUUUUGGAACUUUAUACCGAAAAACCUAUUUGAGCAGUUCCGAAGAAUAGCAAACUUCUACUUUCUUAUCAUUUUUCUUGUACAGUUAAUUAUUGACACGCCAACCAGUCCAGUGACAAGCGGGCUGCCACUUUUCUUUGUCAUCACUGUAACAGCUAUAAAACAGGGAUAUGAAGAUUGGCUUCGUCAUAAAGCUGACAAUGCAAUUAAUCAGUGUCCCGUUCAUUUUAUUCAUCAUGGCAAACUGGUUCGAAAGCAGAGCCGCAAACUAAGAGUUGGAGACAUUGUGAUGGUGAAAGAAGAUGAAACAUUCCCCUGUGAUUUAAUAUUAUUGUCAAGUAGUCGAUCAGAUGGCACAUGUUUUGUUACAACAGCAAGUUUGGAUGGUGAAUCGAGUCAAAAGACAUAUUAUGCGGUCCAGGAUACAAAGUCUCUUCACGAUGAACAAGAUAUUGACAAACUACAGGCUACCAUUGAAUGUGAACAGCCUCAGCCUGAUCUUUAUAAAUUUGUUGGCCGGAUAAAUAUUUACCAUGAGAGUAAUGAGCCAAUUGCAAGGCCACUGGGAUCAGAAAAUGUGCUUCUUAGAGGAGCUACCUUAAAGAACACAGAGCACAUCUUCGGUGUUGCAAUAUAUACUGGCAUGGAAACAAAAAUGGCAUUGAAUUACCAAUCAAAAUCACAGAAACGAUCAGCUGUAGAAAAAUCAAUGAAUGCUUUUCUUAUUGUAUACCUUUGUAUUCUAAUUAGUAAAGCACUAAUAAAUACCAUCCUGAAAUAUGUUUGGCAGCUUGAGCAAUAUCGUGAUGAACCUUGGUAUAAUAAGAAAACAGAAUCCGAAAGGAAAAGAAAUGUGUUUAUCGCAGCAUUUACAGAUUUUCUUUCUUUCAUGGUCCUUUUCAACUACAUCAUUCCUGUUUCUAUGUAUGUCACAGUAGAAAUGCAGAAAUUUCUUGGUUCUUAUUUUCUCACUUGGGAUGAAGAAAUGUUUGAUGAAGAAACAGGUGAAGGACCCCUCGUGAAUACCUCUGAUCUUAAUGAAGAGUUAGGGCAGGUUGAAUAUGUCUUCACAGAUAAAACAGGGACAUUAACUGAAAACAAUAUGGAAUUUAUAGAGUGCUGCAUUGAGGGGCAUGUUUAUAUACCCCAUGUCAUCUGUAAUGGCCAAAUUCUCCAUGACUGUAGUGGAAUUGAUAUGAUUGAUUCAUCCCCAGGAGGAAGUGGAAAAGACCGAGAAGAGCUCUUUUUCCGAGCUCUAUGUCUUUGUCAUACAGUUCAAGUGAAGGAAGAUGAUAUGGUAGAUGGAGUAAAGAAAGCUCAACUUUCAGGAAAAUCUUCUGUGUAUAUUUCAUCAUCCCCUGAUGAAGUUGCUUUAGUUGAAGGAAUUCAGAGACUUGGUUAUACAUAUUUACGAUUGAAAGACAAUUUUAUGGAAAUUUUAAAUCGAGAAAAUGACAUUGAAAGAUUUGAACUAUUAGAAGUUCUUAGUUUUGAUUCAGUAAGAAGACGGAUGAGUGUGAUUGUAAAAUCAGCAAAAGGCGAAAUAUUUCUAUUUUGCAAAGGAGCAGAUUCUUCUAUAUUUCCUAGAGUUACAGAAGGAAAAAUAGAACAGAUAAGAUCAAGAGUUGAGCGAAAUGCCGUGGAGGGCUUACGAACAUUGUGUGUUGCAUAUAAAAAAUUCACAUACGAAGAAUAUGAGAUUGUGGAAAAACAGCUUCAAGUGGCAAAAAUAGCCCUUCAGGAUCGGGAAAAAAAACUGGCAGAAGCAUAUGAACAGAUAGAAGAUGGGCUUAUCUUGCUUGGGGCUACAGCAGUUGAAGACCGAUUACAGGAAAAAGCUGCUGAUACAAUUGAUGCUCUGCAGAAGGCUGGCAUUAAAGUAUGGGUUCUGACAGGAGACAAAAUGGAGACUGCUGCAGCAGCCUGCUAUGCCUGCAAGCUAUUCAGAAGAAAUACUCAAAUACUUGAAUUGACUACAAAGAAAAUAGAGGAGCAGAAUUUGCAUGAUGUAUUAUUUGAAUUGAGCAAAACUGUUCUAAAGCACAGUGGCAGCUUAACAAGAGAUAUCUACUCAGGGCUUUCAGCUGAAAUGCAAGAUUAUGGUUUAAUUAUUGAUGGAGCAGCAUUAUCAUUAAUAAUGAAACCACGGGAAGAUGGCAGCUCUGGUAACUACCGAGAAAUCUUCCUUGAAAUUUGUAGAAACUGCAGUGCAGUUUUAUGCUGUCGCAUGGCUCCUUUGCAAAAAGCACAGAUUGUAAAAUUAAUUAAAUGGUCAAAAGAACACCCCAUCACAUUAGCAAUUGGUGAUGGAGCAAAUGAUGUCAGUAUGAUAUUAGAAGCACAUGUUGGCAUAGGCAUUAUUGGAAAAGAAGGCCGUCAAGCAGCAAGAAACAGUGACUAUGCAAUAGCCAAAUUUAAACAUUUGAAAAAAAUGUUACUGAUUCACGGGCAUUUUUAUUAUGUCAGGAUAUCUGAACUGGUGCAAUACUUCUUUUAUAAGAAUGUCUGCUUCAUUUUUCCUCAGUUUUUAUACCAAUUCUUCUGUGGAUUUUCACAACAGCCUUUAUAUGAUACUGCGUAUCUUACUCUGUAUAAUAUCAGCUUUACUUCACUUCCUAUUUUGUUAUAUAGUUUAAUGGAACAACAUGUGAGUUCUGAGACACUCAAGAGAAACCCUAUACUAUACAGGGAUGUUGCCAAGAAUGCUCACCUACGAUGGCGUACAUUCAUUUACUGGACAUUCUUGGGAGUUUUUGAUGCUGUCGUCUUUUUCUUUGGUGCCUAUUUCUUGUUUGACAAUUCAACUAUGACCAGCAAUGGGCAGAUGUUUGGAAACUGGACCUUUGGAACACUGGUGUUCACUGUAUUGGUAUUCACCGUUACAUUAAAGCUUGCACUGGAUACUCACUAUUGGACAUGGAUCAACCACUUUGUGAUCUGGGGAUCACUACUUUUCUACAUUGUCUUUUCUCUUCUCUGGGGCGGGAUCAUUUGGCCAUUUCUCAACUACCAGAGGAUGUACUACGUAUUCCUGCAGAUGCUAUCUACUGGUCCUGCCUGGCUGGGCAUUAUUAUGCUUAUAAUUGUUAGUCUUCUUCCAGAUGUCCUCAAAAAGCUUCUGUGCCAGCAGAUAUGGCCUACAGCAACAGAAAGAAUUCAGAAAACAUCCGACCCUGAGCAGGACGCUAUUUCAGAAUUCACACCUCUUGCCUCUUUGAAGAGACCAAAAUAUCGAAGUAAUGAAUGCAAGAAGUCCUCAGCAAAAAGGUCUCGUUCUAAAAAAAUAAUGUUCACACGCUGGCAAAACUAUGAUUAUUCAAUGCUCCCAUCUAUCUUUGGCUACUCUAACUAUUCCAAGCGUUGCAAUUCCAGCACACAGGACUACCACCAAAGUGCAGGUUUUGAAACAUCUCUGUGACAGAUCACCAACUCAAGCCUUUAAGAACCACAGCAGCUCUUCCCACCCCUCCCCACCUGCAAAGGACCAUUUAAGAACUCAACCAGAAAAUCGUGACUUUUGCUGCCACAUGUAAGAUCCUGACAAGCCUGCUACAAAACCAGGAGUAUUGGUCUUUUUUUAAAAUGUUUUUGAACUAUUCAAACAAUGAAGUUAUGUACACAGUCUGGUACUGUGGAAAUAGUUCUAAUGCUAUUUUCAUUCUUCUCAGUCAAAAACUGUGUGUUUCCAUCAUCCCUUUUCGUUUUGUUCGAUGAGCCCUGCUUUGAUUUGUGACUAUAUCUGGAUCUGAAUUUUGAAAAAUGGUCAGUCAUAAACAAUGCUUUUGGAUGUUCAGUCAGCAAGUAUAUUCGCUAAUGCUGCUUUUGACAGUCUUUGUCCUUUCUUUGCUUUUUCUCUGGGUGUUUCGGCUGUGCAAAUCAGCACACGGGAAACAGAUUCUAAUGUCUUUGUAUUGUCAGAACAGGACUAUAUGUGAUCUCAAAAUAUUCUUUUUUUUUUGCUAAAGACCAAUGCUUUUAAAGUAUAGUUAAUAUAAUACUUAAGAAGUCAGUCUGGCUAUCAAAUGUGUGAUGUGACCACUACAGCAAUUGGACUGAAAGUAAUUAUUGAACCUUCAGAAUCAGCCAUAGGAGUUUGUAGUAAUAAACAAACCAUAGUAGCUCUAAAAUAGUAUAUUAGGAAGUGUUCUGCUAGUUUGUGGUCUUUCUUUAAUUAAGAAAAAACAAAUAAUUGAUUAUUUAACAAAUUAUUAUUAAAGCAAGUAUUUUCUUGUUUUACUUUUAAUUUGAUAUUAAAAAUAGAAGGGAAAUCAACACUAAAAACAAAUUUUAUGGUAUUAACUGUGACUCUGUGUGUUAGGUAGCACCACCAUGUGGUGUAUUCCCAUUAUUUAAAUAGGGAGUCAUUUAUGACUCUAGUUUGCUGUCUAUUGAUUUUAAUAGUAGAAAAACACAUACCAGCUUGGUUUAAUUUUUCCUCCAGUAUUUUAUUUAGAGUAUAUAAAAGGGUUAAAGUUUACUGAGAAUUAACAUUGCUGUUUGUGCAAAUCCCCUAUUAACUUCCUGAGCAGAGAUAGGGACAACAAAUGUUUUACAAGGCAAAUUGUGAAAUAUGCAUUAUACCAAAGACUAUAAAGAAAAAAGAAUUAGGAGUCCAAGUCUGGUGAAGCUGGUAAUGAUGGAGCAAGUGAGGAAACCAUAAUGCAAAGUUCACCCCUUAUCUACUUGCACAUGACAUUCUGCGUUGUAAUGAAUGGAUCUUGUGUUGUAAUGUCACAACAUAAUAUCUCAUCAUUUUUGCAUCAUCAUGUGAGGAACAAGCACUAAUGAAUGUUAUCAUUUUUAUGUUUUACCAUUCCAUACAGUUCCCCCCAUUUUGGUAAUUUUAAGAUGCAAGCAAUUUCCAUUUCUGGUGUUGCUAACACACUCACAACAUAUUUAAUGUUAUAUAUUUAUUUGACACUGCAUACUUGAAGGUUGGGUAGAAAAGUCCCCUACAUAAAACACUGGUUGUAAAAUGUAAAUAUAUAAAUAUUUCUUAUUUAAAAGAAAAUCAACUUGAUGUGGGUAUUGAUUUUAUACCUGUACUAGUGAUAAAUCUCUCUCUGGGUAUAAUUAGCAAAAUUAUUUUUAAUGUAUUUUUUUAGAAAUCUAAAAAAUGCCUUUGCAAUGAAAUAUUUUUCAAUAUUGAAGCUCUUUAUAUAUCUGAUUUAUGCAUACAUUUGUUAAUAUAUCAAUUCUAUUUUCAAGUAUAUGUUUUAGAAGAAUUUUUUUAUAUAUAUGAGUUUUGGAGCUCUAGAAUUUAGCUUAUAAUGGAAUUGAGAUUGUAGAAACUCUGAUGAAUGUUAAUAUUAGGCAUAGGUUCGUUCUUUCAAAUUCAUCCAAAGCUGCUGAUUUUUAUUUUGUUUGCUUCGGCUUGUAAAUAUUGGCUUUCAAUAGACAAGUCUUACAAGGAAUUGCUGCCACCAUUAUUUUGUAUUGUUCCAUAAAAUUUUGUAUCACUUGCUCCUUUAUGUUUUCAUUUCCAUCCAUUAGCCUUAAAUGGGAAAAUUCUUAUGCGGUUAUUGAAAAUGCUGCAUUCCUGCUCUGCAUGCCCAAGAAAGAUCUUAUGGCAAUGUUGUUGCAUCUCAACCUUUCCUCCCCAAAAAAUUACAGGCUGAAACAUUUAAUGGUAGUUGUGGAGGGGAAAAAAUUAAAAACAUCUUUUACCACUGAGUUCAAGGAGCAUCUGCCAGUGUAUAUGUAUGAGUGUUGCAUGCACACGUGUCAAAAAAGGGCAAAUAGUGCCUGAGACUGAACAAUCAAAACCCUGCCCCCUUUUAUCACCCACAUAAAAAGAGGCCGGGCUUUAAUCAUGCAGAAAGCUGACACUUUCUUGAUUUUGUGACUUUUUUGACCAUCCCCUCUAGGAGCUGGUCCUAGACUUAAUUACUUUUUAACAUUAAAUUCAAUAAGUCUCCUGUAAUGAUGAUCAAAUCUGAGAUCCCUCUCAUUAUAAUAAUAAGUUAGGAGACAGUUUUGAAUUUAAAAGCUCCAUUUUGUUCACAACAAGGUGGGUUCUAAAAAGAUUUUAGGAAAAUGACAAAAGGAAAAGAUAUCUCAGUAUUAACCUCAAUUUUCCUUCAUUGCCUUUCUACAAACAGGCAUGUGUGUAAAAUUCUAGGUCAGAGACCUCUAUGCACUAAAUCUCCAUAUAUGUACACUGGUGCUCCCAACAUUGAAUUCUACCAAAUAAGUGAGAUAUGCAGUCAUUACGUCUUACCUUGAAGAUCUGAAAAACUAGACUGGUUAUUAGCGCAAUGCGAUGCUUGCACCCCAUUUGGUGAUGGAAAACUUUUUUGAUCUGAGUGGGAGUGAAGGAUAUUACAAAAUUAUUUUUUAUAGCUGUGGUUUAUUUUUAUGCACUGUGGAUUAUAUCCCAUAAUUAGAUGUUACAAAUGAGCAGCAAUAAACAAUCUUGAUAAAAUUAAUCAAAACUGAUGGAGAUCUAAGAAGAGGGAAUACUUCAUUUUGUUUAUUUUCUCCCCAAGUCAGUGCUAUCAAUUUUUCUAGUUAUUUAUGGUCUAUUAUUUUGUCCAACUACCUGACAUAAAAACAAAACCAUUUAAUCUCCUGCUUGCAACACUCUGUUUAUUAUACAUAUCAUGCAAAUAUCAGAGGAAAUUACACAUUGUGAUAUCCAUAAGAUCAUGUCAGAAAGCUUUAACAGAAUAUUGUCAGAAGUAUUAUAAAAGAAAUAAUUAUGUGUAUGAUUGUACAUUGUAUAAUUGCACACAUCAGUUUCUAUAGCUUUAUCUUUGUCAAAACUAUACAGAAUUUUAAGUAUGUCUGAAAUUCUGUGAUGUGCUUACUGUUCUCAAUAAUCUUUCAAUCUAUAUUGCAAAGUAGAAUUGGCAGAAAAUGCUCUUGGGAAAAAUGGAACAUAGUUACCAGAACAUUAAUCAUUAAAAUAUCUAUAGUCAUCAGCACUAAAUACUGACAUGCAUUUGUAAAUGGUACAGUGAUUAGUUCACUUGCCUGAUAAUUCAGCCUUUAAAAUCUCUGUUAGAUUAAUCUAUAAUACUUCAUUAAAAGGUUCAAAGCAGUCUCAAUUAUUAUUAACAUGAUAUAUAUAUAUAUACACACAAUAUAUACAUGUGCAUUGAUGUAAAGUUUAUUUUCUGUGCUGUUUUUAAAUUUUCAUUUAUGUAGAUAACAUGACUUCUUUAUAUCCAUAUUUUGGGACUUUCUGUAGAUUCUCUAUAAAGCAGUAGAUGUUUAAAUCUGCUUGCAAUAAAAUAAAAUUUACA